UUAGUCGGAGUCACGACGCAGCUGCCGGAGCAGCCAGCCGUUUCUAGCUGCCGCUUUAACACCCAUUUCCCCCCAUUGUUAGGCGGUCGUGAACAGGAAGAUGGAAACGAAAGCGGAGAGCGAAGGAGGGGGGCGGGGCGUUAUUUAAACACGCACUCCGUCCGUCCGUCUGUCUGUCCGUCCGUACAAUGAGGCGCAGACCAGGGGCCGCAUGUGGAGCGGAGAGCUGCGGUCAUCACGGAGAUCCGCUGCAGGGGAGCCGCUGAUCGGAUCCGGAUCUCUGAGUCCCCGAUGACAGCGUCCUUCAUCAUCGCUUCGCUGCUUAGAGGAAACAUUAUCUGCGACCGUUUUAUGUUUGGUUUUUACUUUAUAUUUAUGUCUAAAUAUAUACUGUAUAUAUAAAAAGGCGAGAUAGAGAAUAAGGAGCAGGUGCGGUGCGCCUGUCCCGCAGGUUGUCCCGCAGGUUGUCCCGCAGGCUGAAGACUGAGAUCCGCUGAAGCUGCUGCAGGAAUGGCAUCAACGAUAGAGAGGAAAACACUGGAGGCCAAUGAGGAGCCAGUUGAUGAGGUUCUUCAGAUGCCUCCAUCCCUGCUGACAUGUGGUGGGUGUCAGCAGAGCAUCGGUGACCGCUUCUUCCUGAAGGCCAUUGAGCAGUACUGGCAUGAGGACUGCCUUAGCUGCGACCUCUGCGGCUGUCGGCUUGGAGAGGUGGGCCGGAGGCUCUACUAUAAGCUGGGGAGGAAGCUCUGUCGUCGGGAUUAUCUCAGGCUCUUCGGUCAGGAUGGUCUCUGCGCCUCCUGCGAAAAAAGAAUCCGAGCGUUUGAGAUGACGAUGCGCGUCCGGGACAAGGUUUACCAUCUCGAGUGCUUCAAGUGUGCCGCCUGCCAGAAGCACUUCUGUGUCGGGGAUCGCUACCUUCUCCUCAACUCCGACAUCGUGUGUGAGCAGGACAUUUUUGAGUGGACCAAGCUCAACAACAGCAGCGUGGUUUAGGGCGAUAACCGUGUGGCUUUUCUGGCUGCCUUGAUGAACAGCUGUCUUUAAAGCCCAUACAGGCUUAUUCAUGCAAUACGACUGGAAUUAAACGAGGAGCGGACUUGCAUCUAAACAUUUCCGCAUGCAAACCUGCGCUUAAGGUUUAAACAUUUCUAAUCGUAAAGAACAAACG